AUGAAAAGUAAGCUUCCACCCGGCAACAUGUCUCUAUACUGUACUCGAGCUACUUAUGGUUAUUUUAUUCACCAAGGUACGGUAGUUUUUCCAUGUGUUCCACUGUUACGUGUCGAAGGACCAAUCCUGAAAACUCAACUACUAGAAACAACUUUAUUAACAUUAAUUAAUUAUGCGACUUUAGUGGCAACAAAUGCAUCUCGAUUUCGUUUAGAAGUCGGUGAUGAUAAAAUUCUGCUGGAAUUUGGUUUAAGACGUGCACAAGGACCAGACGGAGGCUUAAGCGCAUCAAAAUACUGUUACAUGGGAGGUUUUAACGGAACGUCAAAUGUCUUAGCGGGAAAAUUAUUUGGAAUCCCUAUUCAAGGUACUCAUGCCCAUGCUUACGUGAGUUCACAUUCAGAUCUUGAAGAAUUAAAAACACGAGUUUUACAUGACCGAAUAACAAAUGAAGAACGUCCAUUUGUUGAAUUAUGUUUACAAUAUUUAUAUGAAAUUGCUCCUGUUUUAAGAUGUGAUCCCAACCAAGCUCAUCGUGGUGAAUUAGCAGCUUUCAUCUCGUACGCCAUUGCAUUUCCAACGAAUUUUAUGGCACUGGUCGAUACCUAUGACGUAAUCAGAUCGGGUGUUCCAAAUUUUUUAGCUGUUGCUCGAGCUUUACACGAAUGUUCAUAUCGAGCAGUUGGCUUACGUUUGGAUAGCGGUGAUUUAGCGUAUUUAAGCACAGAGGUACGAACAAAAUUCAAAAUAGCCGCAUCAACCUUCAAUAUACCCUAUAUGGAACAUUUUAGAAUUGUGGCUAGUAACGAUAUUAAUGAAGAAACGUUGAAAUCAUUACAAAAACAAGGUCAUUCAAUUGAUUCAUUUGGUAUCGGUACACAUUUGGUGACUUGCCAAAAGCAGCCCGCAUUAGGAUGUGUCUAUAAAUUAGUUCACCUCAAUGGUACUUCAUGUAUUAAAGUGAGCCAUGAUAAGGCAAAAGUGACAAUACCUGGGCGCAAAAAUAUUUAUCGCCUAUUUGGUCAGGAUGGUAAAGCAUUAUGUGACCUGUUAACAAAAGUUGAAGAAGAAUCACCAAAAAAAAAUCAACGUAUACUCAGCCGUCAUCCGUUUUCUGAGAAAGUACGUGCUUUUGUUACUCCAGUAUCGAUAUUAAAUCUUCACAAAUUAUAUUGGGCAGAUAAUGAAAUUAAAAUACCUUUACCAUCACUUGAAGAGAUUCGUCUGUAUGCCAAAAAUCAAAUUGAAUCAGUGAGAAAAGAUCAUAAACGUGAUUUAAAUCCAACUCCAUACAAAGUGUCUGUAUCAAAUGAUUUAUUUGAACUUAUGCAUAAAUUGUGGAUGGAUAGUAUGCCCAUUGGAGAUAUAGAGUAA